AUGGCCGACUCUAAAUCUACAGUCAGCCUGAAGCUACUCAUCGAUACAAAGCGUCAAAAGGUUCUGUUUGCUGAAGCGGGUAAGGACUUUGUGGAUUUUCUUUUCACCCUUCUCUCUUUGCCAGUUGGCACUGUUAUUAGGCUUCUGUCAAAGGAUGGCAUGGUUGGUAGCUUUGGUAAACUGUAUGACAGUGUUGAAAAUCUAGAUUUAACAUAUAUGGAACCCAAACUAAACAAGGAUAUCCUGCUCAAACCCAAGGCACCUGUUGCUGGACCUAAUAUCCUCGGUUUGUUGGACUUGGCCAACGUUGACGUACCAGCUGCUAGAAAUAAGGUGUUCUACAUGUGUUCGAAAAGGAAUAACAAUAAAAAUAUUAAUAGGCGUGGACAGUGUAACUGUUCCGGCUCUGCGCCUACCGCCCACCUUUAUGUGACUGAAGAUCCUAAAGAACAAUGUCCAAAGUGCAAUCACCAUAUGUCUUCUCAGGCGACUUAUGUUGGUCAACCAAAGACCACGGUAGCAGCUUCUCGCUUCGGUGCAGCAGGAUAUGUCAAAGGCCUAGUUACGUACAUUGUAAUGGAUGAUCUGGAGGUGAAGCCUAUGUCCACUAUUUCAAGCAUAACUCUGCUCAACAGGUUCAAUGUUAAGAAUGUUGGCACCCUCGAACAGAAGGUUGUAGAUCUUGGCAUGAAUGAGGGUGUGAAACUGCUGAAAGAAUCCCUACAAUCCAAAGCAGUUCUCACAAAUGUGUUCCUGGUGAAGAAAGCUGCUGCAUGA